CUCAUUCCUGCUUUCUCUCCAACAUAAUACCACUUCCUCCUGCCUUGGUGUGUUCGAACGUGCGUGGUUGCAUGCUUUUACGAGGGCUUGAUCAGAUCGAGACGCAGCUUGAGCUCCAUUUGAGCGAGUUUGAGUUGUAAAUUAGGCUGGUGCCCCGAGGUUGUAGGAAUAGGAGAGGGAGUCACGAUGGGCAUAUUUGUGUCCAGGCUGCUGGCGACGUUGUUCGGGGAUAAGGAAGCGCGUAUUCUUGUCCUUGGUUUGGACAAUGCCGGGAAAACAACCAUCCUUUAUCGAUUGCAAGUGGGGGAGGUCGUCUCAACCAUCCCAACUAUUGGUUUUAAUGUGGAGACUGUGACAUACAACAAUAUAAAGUUUCAAGUCUGGGAUUUAGGGGGUCAAACGAGUAUCAGACCGUACUGGCGAUGCUAUUAUCCAAACACACAAGCAAUCAUCUACGUGGUAGAUUCAAGUGAUACAGAUCGCAUGUCCAUAGCUCAAGAAGAGUUUCAUGCUAUUCUUCAGGAGGAAGAGCUGAAGGAUUCUGUGAUAUUGAUUUAUGCAAAUAAGCAGGAUUUACCCGGAGCCCUCGAUGCAGCUGCUGUUUCAGAGGCUUUGAAUUUGCAUACAAUCAAAAACAGACAAUGGUCCAUAUUUAAAACCUCAGCCAUCAAAGGUGAUGGGCUCUUUGAGGGCUUGGACUGGCUCAGCAACACCCUGAAGUCCGGGAAAAAGUAGCUGGCAAACUACAGGUUUGAUGUGGAGGAGUUUGAACUUGGGAAUUUGGCACUUCACAACCAUUAUUGUGCAGUGUAUGGUGGGAUAUUAGAAAGAAUAGAGGUUUGCUGGGGGGUGUGUGGGGGUUGAGUGUAGGAGGAUCCUACAAUCGGUGAAGUGUUGUAUAGAUCAUUUUAAGUAGGCCAAGACCUGGCACAUAUGUGCAUCAAGGAGAUUGCAAUUUGUAAUGACAUGUAGGCACACCCAUGCUGAUUCCGCAUUGUGGGGAACUUAGCUCUAUGUGCAAUUUGUGGUCAAAGCUUUGGACAACGUGAAAUUGUACGAUUGGUAAGUUGCAUCAAUCAACUGCACAAAUUCAUCCAUAAA